AUGUCGGACACCGCCAGACCCAGCACAAGCUCCCAUGACGCUGCCUCCACUUGCCACCACUCACCAAAGACCGCUUCACAGCUAGAACAGGGCGAAACUAAGUCGGACUCCACAACACCAGACACCAAAGAGCAAUCACACAACACCUCGAUAGCAAAAAAACAUGUAGCGGAAAAGGACCCAAACUUGGUCACUUGGUCCGAGAAUGAUCCCCAGAACCCGCUCAACUGGGCCCGGGGACGGAAAAUCAUGCUUCUUGUCGUCGUCUCUUCUUGUGCAUUCUGCGUUACCAACACUUCCUCCAUCAUCAGCAAUGCAUACCAGGGGAUCCAGGACGAGUUUGGGAUCUCCAGAGAGGUAGCAAUCUUGGGAUUGUCGCUGUUUGUAGUUGGACUUGGCAUCGGCCCAAUGCUACUAGGGCCUCUUUCAGAGUUUUAUGGCCGUCGCCCAGUAUAUCUCGUCUCCUACACCGCCUUUACGCUCCUAGGGUUGCCGGUAUCCUUCGCGAACAACUUGGCGCUAUUCCUCAUCUUCCGCUUCCUCACCGGAUUCUGCGGCUCGGCAUUCCUAAGUGUAGCGGGGGGUACGGUAUCAGACGUCUUUGCAGCAAGUGACAUUUUCGUUCCCAUGGCCAUCUACACCAACGGCCCCUUCCUCGGCCCCGUAUUCGGACCAUUGUUGAGUGGCUUUAUCAACCAGAACACCAACUGGAGAUGGACUUUUUUCACCAUCAACAUCUGGUCUGCUGUUAUGCUCGCUAUUCUCGUCUUUUUCGGUCCUGAAUCCUACGCUCCUGUGCUCCUCUCCAAAAAGGCGAAAGGAUUGCGCAAGGAAACCGGCAACGACGCUCUAUACGCCCAACACGAACGUGUCGUAGCCCAAAAAUCACUCGCUAGCACUAUCCUUACCUCAUCUACUCGACCUUUCCAACUCCUUAUUCGCGAAGCAAUGCUUCUCCUCCUCUGUCUCUGGUCAGCUUUACUCCUCGGUAUUCUGUAUCUCUUCUUCGUAGCAUUCCCAAUCGUAUUCGCCCAACACGGAUUCAAUCUUCAACAAAUCGGUCUUUCCUUCCUCGGUAUCGGAAUAGGAAUGAUCUCUGCCGUUUGCACCAUGCCUUUUUGGGCUCGGCACUACACUCGUCUUGUCGAAACCAAAGGUAACGGUGUUGCCGAACCUGAAUUCCGUCUCCCCGUAGCAAUGGUCGGCGCCAUCUGUCUUCCCAUUGGAAUGUUUUGGUUCGCGUUUACAACUUAUCGCUCAAUUCACUGGAUCCUACCCGUUCUCGCAACUCUAGUCUUCGGGUUUGGUAUCAGCUAUAUUUACACUGCGGUAUUUACCUAUACUACACACGCGUAUAGACCGGUAGCAGCGAGUGCCAUGGCGGCCAAUUCGUUCUGUAGGAGCAGUUGGGCUGCUGCCUUCCCACUUUUCGCAAGACAGAUGUAUACGGCAAUGACACCGGCAGGUGCCAGUGCGUUUUUAGCAGGAUUGAACGUGUUGAUGAUUCCGGUUCCUUUUCUUUUCUAUAGGUAUGGCAAGAGGAUCAGGAGUAAGAGCCAGUUUACUCUUUCGUAG